CACUCUUUGUACAUAGAGACCUAAAUACUAUUCCUCAAUUCACCUAUUUUGUUGUUGUUCGCCCUUUGCCCUUCAUAUCUCCUACGUCUUCCACGGAAGUCCAUACUUCCCCGAUACCCAGUCCCAUCAUGACGCGAUUAAUACUUUCAACCUCGUAAGCUUCCCUCAUCCGCUGCUCACGCUGAAGAGCCUAUUGCUGAGCGCGAUACGAUACCAGCAAUAUUAUAACCGGCGGCCCCUCCAUAAUUAGAAAGCCAGGCACCGACAGAUCAAAUCUCGAGCUUACAAAUUCUCUCCGAGCGAACUUCCUCGCCGCCCAGGAGGACUGUUCCCCGCCCUUAUCUACCACAAAUGGAAAUAGCAGAAGCAGCGAAGAUGAACAGAGACGAUCGCCUCGGCCGCAAGUCUCAGUAUGGACAGCGCGCGAGGGAUCCGACUUUUACAUUCCUAGGAUAGACUGGUCAAUGUCGGGUCUUGCUGAAGAGCCGAGCCAAUACGACAUCACUGUCAAACUGUUCUAUCUGCCCGGUGCAGAUGUCAAAGAAAGAGCCAAACAUACUCGAGAUGCAAUAGACUUGGUUUUAAAGGAGCUGGGCGUCCAGUCAAUCGACCUUCUCAUUCUAUCCUUCCCCGGGAUGUCCUUUGAAGGUGAUUGCGAAUGGGAAGCAGAUAAGAAGAAUGCGCAACAGGGAAACGAUGAAGAGGAGAUUGAGACAUGGUCGGCAGUCGAGGAGCUAUACCAGCAGGGCGUCGUCAAGAAGUUAGGCUUGGCAGAGUUUGGCAGCGAGAAACUGGCACGUUUCCUGGCGCGAGUUAAGGUAAGGCCGCAGGUGGACCAGAUCAACGUCAAGGACUGUUGUAAUGUCCCCCCUCCUCUUGUCGAGCUGGCAAAAGCCGAGAAGAUCGAGCUCCUAACUCACUAUGACUGCACGGACAUCCUGCCCAGGGGCACUUUGAGGGAGCUUUUGGGUCAAGGACCUAAUGGCGCGGGAGUGUUUGCAGAAUCGAAGCAUGGUGAAGAUGGACUGAAAGGGGACCUGACUCCUGAAUGGGUAGUCAAAUACACAGCCGUUGUUCGGGACCGUGGGGUGAUCGAGAACAAAGGUUAUUUUGCAGUCGCAGAGCUGAGGGAGUGAGCGAGAGGUUUGAAAUCGUCAAUGUUCAGUUGCACAAAUGGGAGGUCCUGGUCGAUAGGCCGGAUAUGAAUGGGAGUUUGAAGCGUGCAUAGAGUUUCAGCAUCGGCAUGAAUCUUCGUCGUUCAAGGAGUUGUUAAAUAGAACCUCACAACCACACCUGGGGUGUGCGUGGAAUUUGCAAAUCCGAAUGAAUCAACCCAGCAUACUGCGUUUCCUACCUCUCAUCCUAACAUCCUCCAACCGCUUCAGAACCACAUCUGCCCCUUUAAAGCUCUUCCCAUAUGCGCCCAACACCACCUUGAACAGGCUCUCGGCUCUAGGAUGAGUGCUCCCAAAUGCCCGUUCCAGGACGUACAGAUCCACCGCCCGAUCCUCGUCCUGCGUACUCUGGCUCGCGAGCCCAAAAUCAAUGAGCACGAUAUCCCCCGCGAGCACGUCUCCCACCGCAGAAUCCCCGUCUGGCCCCGCG